AGGAAAGUAGAGACCAUGUGAAAAAAGGGAGGCUAGCUGGAUUUAUCCCCCCCUUCACGCUCCCAUUGCAAACACACAGAGAGUGGGGAGACAAUCGAGCACAGACCUGCUAUUUUAUAACUGGGGUCUCUGACGUAUGGCUGAGUCUUUCCUGGCAGAGAUCUUUAUGGACCAGUAGGCAGAUCGAAACUAAAGCUGACACGACUUUGUGCAUUUUGGAAAGGAGCGUAAUCUACUGUAGUGAGGAACAGAGCCACUCAAUCACUGCGGCGGUAAAUAGGAGACAGAAGGGAAGGAAGAAAGAAGGAAGAGAGACUCUUUGCUGGGGGCGGGGAGCGAGAGCAUUUUUGGUGGAUGGUAUAAAGCCAGCCAUGGAAACUGCAGCGGAGGAAAAUACAGAACAAAGCCAAGAGAAAAAAGUGAUCACCAGACCAGAAAUGGAAAUUGGCAGGUACCAAUGGAUGUACAGGAAUUCAAGGCUACACCAGUACCAUCAUGUGCCAGCAUUGAGAGGCAAUGUUAGUCCUUUGGGGAUUCAAGGUUGCUUUGAAUGUUGCAUUAAGUGCCUGGGAGGAGUUCCAUAUGCUUCCCUUGUGGCAACUAUUCUCUGCUUCUCUGGGGUAGCAUUGUUCUGCGGCUGCGGUCAUGUGGCUCUUGCCGGGACCGUAUCGAUCCUCGAACAGCGUUUUUCCACAAAUGUUACUGACCAUGCUUUGUUAUCUGAAGUAAUAAAACUAAUGCAGUAUGUGAUCUAUGGCAUUGCAUCGUUUUUUUUCUUGUAUGGAAUUAUCCUGUUGGCGGAGGGCUUUUAUACAACAAGUGCUGUGAAGGAGCUGCAUGGUGAAUUCAAGACAACCAUCUGUGGCCGCUGCAUCAGUGGAAUGUUUGUUUUCCUGACCUACGUACUGGGGGUGACCUGGCUUGGCGUCUUUGGCUUCUCGGCUGUGCCGGUCUUCAUGUUCUAUAACAUAUGGUCAACUUGCGAAGUCAUCAGAUCACUCCCAGCAAAUAUGACAGCUUCAGCGGACCAGAUCUGUGUGGAUAUCAGGCAAUACGGUAUCAUCCCUUGGAAUGCUGUGCCUGGCAAGGCAUGUGGGUCAGCCUUAGCAGAUAUGUGCAGCACCCCUGAGUUCUAUUUGUCUUACCACCUGUUCAUUGUGGCGUGUGCUGGAGCUGGUGCUACUGUCAUAGCCCUGAUACACUUCCUCAUGAUACUGUCCUCUAACUGGGCCUACUUAAAGGAUGCGAGCAAAAUGCAGGCUUACCAGGAUAUCAAAGCAAAAGAAGAACAGGAGCUUCAGGAUAUCCAGUCUCGGUCCAAAGAGCAACUCAAUUCUUACACAUAAAUGUUUGCCAGAAGAAUUUUGUAGCUCUGACAAAUCAUCAAGCAGCUGCUCUGCAGAACAGAUGCAUGUCCAAGCAAAUGCAGAAGUAUAAAAACUUCACAUUCAUGCUCCUCUGCCAUGAUCAUAGGGAAAAUUUGCAGUGGAUAUCCUCCAUUCCUUUAGCACUGUGGUUGGGGGGGGGGGGUAGGGAGGGGAGAGAGGUUGUCUCUAGGCCACUUUAGAAAAACCUGUUACCAUGUCAAGGAUCUUUAUGGAUAUCUCUUGGCAAUUAUAAAAGAAUUACUGAAGGAACACGCUCCUUUCAAAACAGGCUACCACAGUUGGUAUCCAGCCCUGCAAUGACUAAAAGAUUUUAAAGGCUGUAUAUAAUUACACAGAUGUAAGUAACUAAGAUUCUAGUAUGACUAGAUAGUUAUUCCAUUUCUUCUGAAUACUGAUAGUUGUGCUUAUUUGAUACGGUUUCAGGAAGUUACAAAUAAUCUUAUUCAGUCUCUGUCAAAAUUAAAACUGGAUUUUGUGGACUAAAUGCCAGAAGUGUUAUUUUCUGAGCCACUCCCUUUCCGUUGAUGCUGUAAUGAGCCACUGUUGUUCUACUGCACUUACCAGAGUAAGCUGGGCGCUGUUGCCCAGUUUUCUUUUAAUUUUAUACCGUUUGAUGGAAUGUAGACAGACCCUUGGAUCAGGAUAAUGAUCCCCUUCUCAGAAAAUAAAUGUCAGCUUUGCCUUAAUAUUUAUUUUCUAUAAAUGUCUGGAGCAUUUAUAUAGCAGUGGGAGAUCAUUAUCAUGUAUUUUAUCAAAGCAGAAAGUGUUACCUUGUUGAAAUUAUACUGAUAUAAUUGUUUCAAGUGAGCAGAUAACAAUUUGUAGAACUUAAAAACCCAUAGCCAUACAGAGCACAGGUCAACCACCCGUCUCAAUUUUGGUGCUCAGCACGUUUAUAGACAGUGCUUAUUUGUUUUAAGAAAUUUGGUGUUCAUUAAAAUAUUGGGUGCCAUUUUAAGAGUGUUUCCCACAAAAUCUGCCUUCUAACAUUUUCAGAAACAUUCAGUGCUAGCUUGAGUACUAGUGAUGGUAUCUUUGGUGUGCUUUUUUUAAAAAAAAAUAUAAAUGUUGGAUAAACUUUAAGUACAUCAGUGAGUUUUAAAUCAGUAAAAAAGUCAAGUCAUACAUCCAUGUUAAUGUGUGGUUUGAUUAGUUUUGAACGUUUGCUGAAUAUUAACAUGCUCCUGUAGAUCAUACAGAAGUGUAUAAAGAUAAAGGAAGCACAUGUUUCUUUAGAAAGUUUUUAAAGGAAAAAAAUAUUAAUGUGGAAAAAACUUCAGGUAUUACCUUGCAUUUGAGUUUGUUACAUGCCUAAUCUGACUUUCUUUUUAAAGAGGCAAAAUCUAUAUAGAGCAGAUAAAAAUAGCUUAGUGUUUGUUUUUACCUGUUGCAUGAAGGAAGCAAAUUUCUACAGCAAUGCAGGUGAUGUUCUUACUAGUCCAGUGUUUGCAUAAAGGUAACGGACAGUGUCUUAAAGCCUAAUUCUUUUCUAAUUCUAUGUAGCUAUUUACUGGGAGUUUUUUGAAGUUUUGUUUAAGUAGUCUAAUAUUUUUUAUGUAAAGAGCAUUAAAUUUUGCUAUGUAUAAAUUUUUGUAACCUAACCGUGAAUCAAUAUUUUCUAUCAGUGCCAAGGGCUUCCUGUAGUUAUAUCCAAGUGUUACAAUAAAUAUUUGUAGAUAAUAGAACCAAUAUUUGUGUAUGCUUAUUUUAAGAAAGUUUUGAAACAGUUGUAGCAGUAUAGACAGCCAUCCCAAAGCUAGUGUUUCGGUGACACAUAAUUGGAAGUUUUAACAUCUACAGUGGAACCUUGGUUUAUGAACACCUCGGUUUAUGAAUUUUCGGUUUAUGAACACCGCGGACCCAUCUGGAACGGAUUAAUUCACUUUCCAUUACUUUCAAUUGGAAAGUUCGCUUCAGUUUAUGAACGCUUCAGUUUAUGAACAGACUUCCAGAACCAAUUACACCCAUGCUUCGGGUUAAGUACGCUUCAGGUUGAGUACUCCGCGGACCCGUCUGGAACGGAUUAAUCCACUUUCCAUUACUUUCAAUGGGAAAGUUCGCUUCAGUUUAUGAACGCUUCAGUUUAAGUACUCCGUGGACCGUCUGGAACGGAUUAAUUCACUUUCCAUUACUUUCAAUGGGAAAGUUCGCUUCAGUUUAUGAACGCUUCAGUUUAUGAACAGACUUCCGGAACCAAUUGUGUUCAUAAACCGAGGUACCACUGUAUUGAAAAAUAUGGCAACCAAUGGACAUAGGAAGAUAAGACCUUUCCCUGCAUCUUAUCAAUAUGUGUGUGCAUGUGUGUGUGUACGCACACACAAUAAGCUAUAACAUGUGAUAUCCUUCAGUGCUAGGGUGCCUCUGGACUGAGUCUGACUUUCAAAAAGUGUGCGCAUUAUUUGGUAUAUGGAUUUGCCACGAUCAGUUUACCUUUGGGGCAAAAAAACACAAUAUUGUAUUUCACAGUUCAGGUUUGAUAUGGUUUGACAUAAACAUAAAUUUGUUAGUUUCUGUCUCUUAAGAAAUGAGAGCAGUCAAAUUAGCAAACACAGAUAUGCAAAAGUAUUUUGAAAGAUGCUCAUCUGCAAGGGUCUGUUCUCAGUAACUGAUUUUGAAACAGUACUAUUUGCUCAACUUUGUCUUAGGAGAACUGCUGCUUGAGGCAUGCCUGGCGUCUCUCAUAAGCUCACUCCAAAAAAAUCCCAUCUAUAGUGUGUUUCAUUAUUGUAGUGCAGCAUGGUCAAACUACAUGAAGCCAGGAUAUAUUUCAACUUUCAAAAUCUCUGGCAUUUCAACAAAUCAGGUGCCAUUGAUUAAUCUGUACCACCAUUUCCCACUAAUUACAAAGCUUGUAAAGUGGGUUAAUUCUUUCACCACUUUCCCAAGGAACUCUCCUCAAAAAUGAGUUGAUAAUAUGAUUCAAUUUUAGUGAGUUCAGACACAGUUGCCCCAGUUUUUCAGGCCGGUUUCAUAUUAUGACAGCCAUUUCCAAAAUUCAAACAUCAUAAUAGUGUAAAUCAUUGUUUACAAUACCAUGUACUUUUAAUAGGAAGUAGUCCCAAUUACAAGCACUUAAUUUUUAAAGUGUGCUUGACUGAACUAUUGCUGAUACCCUAGUUUGUUUUUAAAGAGUAGCUAAAGGAUGUGCAGCAGCAGGACAUUGUAGUCUCACUAUUCAAUAAAGUCAAAAGCUUCUUAAGCAUAUUACCCCAAAAGUUAAAUGUCUAAACAUUGUUUUCAUUCUAGAGCUUUGAGCUAUGCUUAUAAAGACAGCUGGUCAAUCAUCUGUAAAGUCUGGAAGAAAAUAUUUCAAAUAGAUUUAAACACAGAAUUUUCUAUGACUGCUGCUUUAUUUUUUAAAAAAAUAUUCAUUUGUAAAACAAGGUAAACCAACCUGAUUUGACUGUUUCCCCCA